AUGGAUAGCAAUGGGUGGAGUGAAUUUUUGAAGAAACAAAGACUUAAAGAUCUCAAAGUACUAGCUAAGAGACUCGGUAUAUAUAUAAAAGCUAAUACUAAGAAAGAUGACUGUAUAAGUAUUAUACUAAACUCAUCCUUACAAGACCUACCAAGAGUAAUUAAUGAAGUUAAAGAAGGGAACUCCAAUAGUCAAUGGAAUAGUGUUAAUAAGUUAGAAAGUACAGAAGUAAGGAAAAAGGAUGAUAGCAUAGAGAAAUGUUUUAUGUGUCAUAAUGACUUGAACGUAAACUCUAUAGUUUGUAAUAUAUGUUUCAAAAAUUUUCACUACAAAUGUGUUGGAUAUGAUCCAGAGAAAGUUGAAAUAAAUGAUAAUCAACUGAUGGUAUUUAGAGCAAUAUUAACAAAACGUAAUUAUAAUGAUUUCAACUAUAAUGAUGAAGAAUAUGACUCAAUAAAACCGAAGUUUGUUUGUCCAUUUUGCAGAUUUCAGGCAUUAGAUCCAUUUAACAAGAUUGUAAAGCCCCUAUUUUUAACUACUGUAUACUCAUAUACAGCAAUACAUAAUAUACAUCCUAAAUAUGGCAAUUUAUCUAUAAAUAAUUCUUCUCAAUACCCACAAUUUAUAUCAAAAUUUUCUUUUAAUCCAAAUAGCUAUUAUAGUAAUAACAACAAUAAUGGUGAUAUUGAAAUUAAUUCAUCAUCAAAUAAUAUCCCUACAGAUCAGACCACUACUAAUUGUGAAUAUAAUAAUGGUGAGAUUAAUGAAACCUUAAGACAAAACUAUUCCGAUACAACAAUAAAUAAUUUGAAUCCUAUAUUUGAAGAUCACUUGAUGAUAUAUUGUUUAAGGUUAGAUCGUAUUGAUUUAAAUCAUGAAUAUCCAAGGAUAUUAACAAUAAAACUCAAUAACAAAGUAAUCCAAAGUAUUGAGCCACCAAGUUAUGAUCAUCUAAGACGUGACUGUCCAUUAGAUUUAAACCAAUAUAUACCUAGUAACACUAAAUAUCCCUCUAAUUCCAAUAAUUCAAUGAAUUCUAGUGUAAAUAUUGUAUUUAAUACUAUAAAUGCACUUAUUAAUCAAGGAAGAAAUCAAUUACCUAAUAACAUGAUAUUACCAAUACCAACUGCUCCUUAUAUUAUUGGAUUAUUUCAUACCCACUUCAUUAGUGAUAAUUUUAUCAUUAAUUGGCUUAUUAAAGAGAGGACAUUAUCAUAUAAUAUUGCUAAAGAUCAUUUUGUCAAUUUAAUCAGUAAUAUAAAUAAUUGUAACAAAGUUCAAGUAAAAGAUGAAAAGAAAUCUUCCAUUUCCAGUCAACAAUCCAUAUCUAAAGAUGAUGAGAAUUUAUUUGGCAAUGAGAAUAGUGGUGAUGAUGAAAUUAUUUGUUUAAAUACCAAUCAAAUACUAAACAUGCUUUGUCCAUUAUCUAUGGAUAAAUUAGAAUUACCAGGACGUGGGAUAUACUGUCGUCAUAUUAACUGUUUUGAUAUUAAGUCAUUUAUUCAAAUUAAUUCGACAAUUAAAGCAUUUAAUUCAAGAUGGAAAUGUCCACUUUGUUUUUAUAUAAUAAGACCGACAAUGCUGAAUAUUGAUAUAUUUGUGCAAAAGUUACUAAGUGAUCCAAAUAUACCAAAGGAUAGUAAUAAAAUUACCAUUAAUACUAAUUACUUAACUAAUAUUAACUAUAUUCCAGGUAGAUAUCAGAACAAUCCAUUUUUAUUACUCGAUAAUGGUAAUCAAAUUUUACAAGACGAUCAGCUAAUAAUUGAUGAAUAUGAAAACAAUAUAGAAGGGAAUUACCCUAUAGAUUCACAGUGUUCAUAUUUAGAUAGUACUUAUGUAAAAUAUCAUCAGAAUUAUGAUAUUAUUGCCAGUACUAGUAAUAAUAACGGAUUUAAUACAUCGAAGAAUUACUUAAUUUCAAAAGAAACUGAAGGAAACUACAAUUCUUUAUAUAAUGAAUAUCGUCCUCUUACUGAAAAUAAUAAUUUCAUUUCAGUUAAUGAAGUCGAAAUAAUUGAAUUAUCAGAUGAUGAUGAUGAUAAGAAUAAUACUAAUAUUCAAUGCAAUAAUUCAUCUGAAUUAGAUCCAAAUAUAAAUUAUCCAACUCAAAUUAAUGAAUCUCAGAUACUAAUUUCAAAUAAUAAUCAGAAUAGAAAGAGAUUGAGACUUUCAUCAUCAUCAAACUUUGAUAAAGUAUCACUUACAGUUAGAUUAUAG